CGCUGAUUGAAUGACUGAGUACAUGGACUGGCCCUUCAUUACACAUACGAGUCCCUCACCUCGCAUCGUCAGUCACAUCAUGAAGACCUAAGUAAGUCAUGCCCACACCGCACUGCAGAGCAUGUACACAUCAUGCCACUCAGCCAUGCACCUGUCGAUAGCUACAGUGCAGUGAUUACUCCACUCGAUCGGGGAGAGUACAAGUACAGAUAGGCAGGCAUGUGCAUGAGUAAUUAAAUAGAGACAGACUUAGUAUGGACAGACAAAUACACACUGAUUGGAUAGUAACAAGACCCAGCGCUGCACGCCAUGAGCGCAUCGACAUAAUCAUGCCACAAAAACGCCACAUUGCCCACGCACAAUUAAAAGAGUUCCAACUCUGUGUGUGGCAGACUGCCGCCGCCAGUCGCAGUGACCGACAGCCGCACUGACAACACGACGGGGCCCUCGCAAAAUUGAACAAAAAAGAAAGCUGCAGCCCCCCAUCCCCGCGCCCGUCCGUCCUGCUCAUACGUCCCCCUUGGUCCAUCCAUCAGUAUCUCGCCCAGUGGGUGUUGUGAUGCGGCAGUAUCAGCUUCGAGCUCCGCGGGAUGCGAGGGGGCUCUGAGGGGCAGGGCUCGAGGUCGCGCGGGGGCUCCAUCAGAGAGGGCGGGUAGAGCACCAGCUCCUCACUGCUGUCCUUGACAUCCGCCGGCUGGUCGGGCUGGUCGUCAUCAUGAGGCGAUGGGGUGAAGACGAACGCGGGACGGGCUGGCGAUGUCGCCCCUAGAGAAGAGAAAGAGGGACCAACACAUGACAGAGAGAGGACAAAGAGGACGGUUCCUCAUUGGUCGUCUCACCUCACCUGCUUGAUCCAAGUUGCUCUUGAAGUAGGCGUGGUGAGAGUGCUUGAGGGUUCCCAGGUCGUGAGUCGAUGCGGCCCUCCUCAUUCCCACCGGUCUCGAAGCAUCGGGAAUCUGCAGAGGACACGAAUGGUGGUGCCCUAUCCCUGACGCCAAGCGGGCCAGGGCAGCGGCGUCACGGCAAUAAUGCUGGUUGGACGACGGAGAUGGCCUCUGCUGUGUGGAUGGCCGCAGAGCCACGUACGACGGAAGAAACAGGAUGUCUUGCCGGCCUCCCCCUGCUCCGCCAGUGUACCGCACCAGGCCGUCUUUGAAGUCGUACACGAUCGGGGCGGAGGCUGGCUUGCCGCUGCCGUAAUGCCUGUUCUUCUUGGCGCCUGUCGAGGGGCAUGUCGACGUCUGAUCGGUAGAAGCAGGAGUGGGAAUCGCACACGGCCGGGCAGGCCUGGCCGGCUUGCGCUGCACAACAGAAGGCCUGGUGGUGGUCCGUGACAUGGUCGGCUCCCGCCCUCGCAGGAUGAGUGCCGAAACGACCAUGCCGGCACACGUCAGGACCAUUGCGGCGACCAGCGGCCACACCCACACCGGAAACAGCAUUCUGUCUGAGCAAUCACAGUCCUCAUGGGAGUGCUUGCUGCCAGUGUCGCCAUCGGUGUGUCUUGUGGCCCAAUUGAGGAUCUCCUGCUUGUCCCGCGGCCAGAAGAAGGAUGUGGGGAAGAAGCGGUCGAAUGUGAAGGGCGCAUGCUUGGGGUGCUGGUCGGUCUGCCUGACCACCUCCUCCCACGCCCGUAACAGCUUGUCAUCGUCGGCAGAGGAGCCCUCGUCAAACACACUGACCGCAAUGCACAAUCGCCACCGUCCGCUAUUCCAUUCGCCCGCCCUCUCGUUGGCUUACUCGAAGAGCACGAUGAGCGAGCCCCUGAAGAUGCCCUGGAUGACUACCGCCCACCGCGGCACCUCCAGCGCCUUACUCGCAACCUCUUUGAAGCUCUUGAAGAAAGACUGGCGCUUGUCCGGAUCCUGACUCAACACACGCACACACACACACACACAUACCAAACAGCAAUCAACAAACACCCUGCCCGCCUGCAGACGUACGUUUGCGAUGUCGUCAUAGUGCACAUUAAGUAUCCUCGCUGCCAGCAGCCUGUGCGAUCCGUCAGCCGCCCCGCUACCCUCCCUUUCCCUAUCGCUGCCUACCCCCAGCUCCAGGUCCUCAAACGGCAGAUACUCUAUCAGCCGGUCGCCACCAUCAGCACUCGGACCGCUGCCGUCGCCAUCAUCUGGCUGCUGUUGCUGCUGCUGGUGCGAUGGGGAAGUGGAGGGGGAGGCAGUCGAAUGGGAAUCGUUCAGGGCCGCCCCUCUGAUGAGCGGCUCCUCGGGGCUCUCGCGUCCCGCAGCCAUUGCGGGCAAGAGAGCGGCCAGCAGAGCCGCGACCAUCACUCUUCCCAUCCUGCAUCCGUUGAACAUGUGUGAAAGACGGCACGGCGUCUUUCUAUCUUUCUAACGGCCGAUAAUGUACACAGCGUAAUAGAAGUCAGGACACAAGAUGGACUCUCUCCUGGCUCAUCAUGGACUCUCUCAUGAGCUCUCUUUGCUGACCUUGACAGAUUCACGCCACGCACAGCAACGGCAGACGGACGUUGGCAAGCCUGAAUCAUCGGGAACAGUGCAGAGUCGCUUUUGCGGGGCUGAGUCUGCUCUGUAGUGCUGCUCUGGUCGUACAGCGCAGCCUAGAACCG